UCAGCAACGACAACUAGUAUCCUCUUCGGCUAAGUUAUGCACAGCUCUCGAACACACUUGCCCGCGCUAAACGGUCCGCAGCCACCGCCAAUGCAAGAAGGUCAGCCUGUCUUCACGCAGCCCCGGCCUGUGCUCUUGUCAGCACCUAACGGCGAUCAGGAGAAACACGUCAAGAGCAGUGCUGACCAUGGCGGGGAAGUGUCAGUCCUGGCCCUUGCGACAAGUGUGACAGACACGCCGACGGGCGCUGCCUCGCAUCGCCGGCCGGCCGGCUCGGACGCGCCGUCGCGGAGGUCACGUGCUCGACGGGCACCGAGAAGGAGGGCCAGCCGCGCGACCGUGCUCUGCUGCUGCCUGAUGUCGUGCCUGGCGGUCGUCGCGCUCGCCUCCGCUUCCUGCAUCGUGCUCGCCCUCGUGCGCAACGACGAGAGGACGUACGCUCUCGCUUGGCGCCUCAUCGGCGAGUUCUUCGCCGACGCGGCCGGCACCCGACGCAAGGCGAGGCCUCGGCAGAGGGAACCAGCCUGGGAGACGACGACGCCGACGACAACGCUGACGCCGGCGCCGCCGCUUUACGCCCUUUUCAGGGGCAUCGGAAACAGCAGUAUAGCUAUGGUUAACGCUGACCGCGGUAAACGAACGAACGAGUAAAGCGCUUAUAUUUGA